GAUCCCAUCCGCGGGCCCUCUUCUCUCGACACGACCGGCCCACUUCGGGGCACGUGGGCAUCGGAAAUCGGCAUCUCGAGACCAGGAUUCCUUCGCCGCGGAGACCGGCAUUGCGUCGAGCCUAGCUAGCGGUUAUCGUCGCUGCAUUUCGGGGCGUUCUCUUUCGGCAGUAGCUAUACGAUCUCUCUGGGCCUUUUCGCAUCGCUCUCUCGUGCUCGCGCUGGUUUCAGCCCGCGAUGAUGGGACCGUUCAGUUUCGGCUAGGUUUUCUCCGUUUCGACGAAAACUUUCGGGGACUUUUUGUGUGUUUUUAAUUUUUUUUUUUUGGCGCCACAUGUGUUUCGUCCGCCGGGAUAUGGAUAGCUGGAUGCACGAAGUGGUGUCAAUGAUGACAGACACCCCUGUCCAUGUGGAAGUGAGUUCGGCUGCUCCACCUCCCCCUUCAUCAUCCAUAAAGAAGGAGGUGGAUGGUUUUGUUGAGUGUUCGCCAUCAAACAGCAGUAACUACUCUCCCACCACUACUAUGGUACAUGAUCCAAGUAUCGAUUACCAAGAAAACACGAAAUACGAAAUAAGCUCCAGAUCUCCUGACAGUCCAGAAAGACAGUAUUGUUCCUCUACCACUCAACCACAUAAUGAUUCUGGCUUAGAACUCAAUGACGACAUCAAAGCAGAAGGUUCUCCAAGAAGAGUUUGCUUAGUCUGUGGGGACGUAGCUUCAGGUUUCCAUUAUGGUGUUGCUUCAUGUGAAGCUUGUAAAGCUUUCUUCAAAAGAACUAUACAAGGAAAUAUAGAAUAUACAUGUCCGGCUAAUGGAGAAUGUGAAAUCAAUAAGAGAAGGAGGAAAGCAUGCCAGGCAUGCCGAUUUAGGAAGUGUUUAAGAUCUGGAAUGUUAAAAGAGGGUGUAAGACUGGAUAGAGUAAGAGGAGGAAGGCAAAAAUAUAGGAGGAAUCCGGAUUGUCCUUAUCAGAUCCAGGUGGUUUCUUCACAAAGACCCGUUCUUCAGCUUGAAGAUAUAAAAAUGCUAGAGGCGUUGGCAUCUUGCGAGCCCGACCCUUUGGAAAUCAACACAAUGCUGGGGAAUUCGAAACUACGUUACCUGCCAAUUCUCAGUGAGAUUUUCGAUAAAGAGCUUGUUGGGAUCAUCGGUUGGGCUAAGCAGAUACCUGGUUUCACCGAUCUGCCCAUCAAUGAUCAAAUGAGACUACUGCAGAGUACCUGGGCAGAAAUCUUAACCCUCACAUUAGCUUAUAGAAGUUUACCGCUAAUGGGAUCCUCAAGAUUAAGAUUUGCUGCCGAUUUUACCCUUGAUGAAAAACAGUUGAAGGAUUGUGGAGCUUCCGAUCUUUAUCAAGGGUGUUGUCAAAUUAUUGAGAGAAUUGAUGGCUUAUCAAUUUUAAAAGAAGAAUACUACCUCCUCAAAGCCCUUGUUUUAACUAACUGUGAUGUUAAAUUGGAAGAAAAUCACUCUUUGAAGAAAUUCAGAGAUACCAUAUUGUCGGCUAUGUCAGACGCAGUUGGAGUACUGAGACCUUCUGGUGUUUUAUACCAGGUACAACAAUUACUUCUCUGUUUGCCAGCGUUGCGCCAAGCAGAUCAAAUAGUUCGAAAAUUUUGGUGUAAUGUUCAUCAUCAAAAUUUGGCUCCAAUGAAUAAAUUAUUCUUAGAAAUGUUGGAAGUUUACAGUCGGUAGCUAAAUUUUUAUGGAAAUCGCAUUUUUUGAUGAAAGGUCAAUUGUGUGCUCAAAGAAAAGAGAAAAUUUUUAAUACAAAUAGAAAUCUGAAAAAAACGAAUUACUCAGUAUUCACGUUUUUUCGUAUAACAUCUUGGCAUACAAUAUGGUUAGGUGAAAAGCUCAUGAAAAGUGGAUUUCCUGUUCAAUGCUAUAUAAACUUCUCUUUGAAUCAAGUGAUUUAACAAGAAAUUUUUAUUCAUUGAUUAUUUUAAGUACAAAAUGGUUGAAUUUGUUCAUCUUGAAUCAUUGCCAUCUCAGUUAUUGUACUCAUUAUUCUCAUAGGUGCAGUUUUUUCGAUGAAUUUUGUUGCAAAGAUUGAUUGUUAAUGUUUAUACUCUUGAUUUUAUGGUGGCUGGUUUCCACCUCAUAAAAUGAGAUGUUUUUCUCAUAUCCGUUGAAAAUAAAUAGAGUGACUGACAGACUAGGCUUCGUUAUUCAUAUGUAAAUAAGUUAUUGAAUUGUUAUAUGCAAGAAUAUAGUCAAAUUAUAUUUUUAAUAGAGUGACAAAUAUAAUUUCAGGAAUCGCCUGUAAGAACUACAGGGUAUUUGAUUUCAUACAUUCACAUAUAUUUUUCUCCAGUUCUUCAACAUUUGAAUUAUUGCAUCAAAUUUCAUGCCCUGCAGAACUUGUUUUAUACCUCCAUUUUGUUUAUGCCUGCUUUUUGAAUGCGUAUAAAUUAAAUAGAUAUGUUAAUAUAGAAAAAUAAUUAGAUGAGAAAUAAUUGUUGAGGAGUAUUUUUAAGUAAUAAAGUAUUUUGAAUAA